GUGCAAUAUAAUUUCGCAGAGCUAUCUCAAAACAUUUCAAAUGCAGUUUACAUCACCUCCCUUUUUCAUUGUUGAAUUUGUAUCUCCACAUGCAGUUGGAUUUUAAAGCAUUCAAAGCCACGAGCAUUGACGUAAAUGCUGGCAUCUUCUUUCAUCCGGCCGGAAAGGCUAUACAUGUAUUUGAGCUGUCUUGGGCGGAUGCAAAUGAGCCAUGAAUGAGACAGCGCGAAAGAGUUUCAGUUACGACUCGCAAAAAAUCUUGCACGUUUCGAUGAUUGCCAUCGUUAUGAUUGGUUCUAUAGUUGGGAACAGCAUCAUUUGCUUUCUUCUUGUCAGGUUCAAGACUUUGCGAACAGUUCCCAAUAUCCUUAUUGUAAACUUGGCUGUCAUUGACAUUUUAAACGCAGUGACCAACAUGCCACUGAUGAUCAUGUGGUACAUAUACCAAGUUCCGUAUUUGAAAGGACUUGCAAUCUCCUGGUUCAUAGUGACAUGGUACGUACUUUUCAUGCACCUCACCGUAUUUAAUCUGACGGUGCUUACAAUGGACCGCUUCGGAGCCAUUGUCCACGGGAUUCAUUAUCACUCGUGGAAGACAAUCAACAAGGCGAAAGCAGCAGUGUUUUUUGUGUGGACUUUUGCCGCUGCCUAUACGUAUGGAAUGUUCACUUUGGGACUGGACAUUGACCUUGGUGAUGCCCCAGUGCUUCAGUACAGAAUGCAUUAUUUAAAGAAAUUUGGAAGGCAUUUUAUCAUUCCAGGGUAUGUUGUGCCUUUCAUGAUCAUGGUAGUUAUGGGAGUGGCGAUUUGGCGCACCCUGCAUAACCAUAGCAGACGCAUUUCGGCCUACUCUUCUACGGGAAAACAGACCAAAAAUGACGUGAAGACAGCAAAGACGAUCGGCUUGACUGUGGUUUCUUUUUUCUGCAUGGGUGUAUUACCGAUGUUGCUACACAACAUAUCUAAAGUUCAUGGCUCAUGGCCUCAUUUCCUUGCCUUCUUUCUCAAUCAUCUGAACAGUAUGGCAAAUCCGAUCAUUUACUCUCUGAAGACUCCUCGGUUUCGUAAGGCGUUUAUUCUAUUCUUGAAGGAACCUUUGGGCAAGUCCCAGCCACUGAUGGCUUCCAAGAAUCGGAUGGAUCUCAACUCCACAACGAGGAAUUUAUCUUCGAAAGUGGAUAUGUUUCACACCCAGAUCUCAUCUGUUUAAAUUUUGAUGAUAAAUUCUCUUUGUGUAUCACUUUUGUUCCAUUGUACAGCAAUAAUAGUUUGAAAACGUCAACUCGACUUUUAUUGAAUAUGUAACAAGAAUUGGGUGGAGAUUGUU